AUGCUUCAAAGGCCCCUGCAUCUGGGUGGGGGAUGCUUCAAAGGCCCCUGCAUCUGGGUGGGGAGGCUUCAAAGGCCCCUGCAUCUGGGUGGGGGAUGCUUCAAAGUCCCCUGCAUCUGGGUGGAGGAGGCUUCAAAGGCCCCUGCAUCUGGGUGGGGAGGCUUCAAAGGCCCCUGCAUCUGGGUGGGGAGGCUUCAAAGGCCCCUGCAUCUGGGUGGGGGAUGCUUCAAAGGCCCCUGCAUCUGGGUGGAGGAGGCUUCAAAGGCCCCUGCAUCUGGGUGGGGGAGGCUUCAAAGGCCCCUGCAUUUGGGUGGGGGAGGCUUCAAAGGCCCCUGCAUCUGGCCCAACCACCCCUCAAACACACAGCCCCCCACCCCUCAAACCCACAGCCGACCCACCCCUCAAACCCACAGCCCAACCACCCCUCAAACCCACAGCCCACCCACCCCUCAAACCCACAGCCCACCCACCCCUCAAACCCACAGCCCACCCACCCCUCAAACCCACAGCCCCCCACCCCUCAAACCCACAUCCCUCCCACCCCUCAAACCCACAUCCCUCCCACCCCUCAAACCCACAGCCCACCCACCCCUCAAACCCACAGCCCCCACCCCUCAAACACACAGCCCCCCACCCCUCAAACCCACAGCCCACCCACCCCUCAAACCCACCGCCCACCCACCCCUCAAACCCACCGCCCACCCACCCCUCAAACCCACCGCCCACCCACCCCUCAAACCCACCGCCCCCACCCCUCAAACCCACAGCCCCACUUGCUGCUGUGAUGACACUUUCUGGUAUUUCACCCAAUAG